AUGAAUAAAAGUAAACGAUCAAAGGGAAAACAACCAAGUGGGAACACAUCUAGAUCCGUUUAAAGAGAUCAAACUUCUAAUCGAAAGAGUAAGCAGGAGGAGCAUGAGUAUACAGUUAAAAAUUCUGAAUAAGACAUUUUCAAUAGAUAUAUGCCUGAUUCACCAUCUAUCAAUAUUAAUGACUGCUUUGGUGGCUCAGCUAACUCAAUGGAUAAAAUGAUAGGUAAUCCAGUAAACCAAAUAGAUGUCUCUAAUUUCAGCUCUAAGCUGAAUCAAAAUUUUUUUGACUAACUCAUAUAAAGCAGCAUUUCGAAAGAGGAUCACGAACUACGAGAUCUUCUAAUUCCAAAGCAGUUUACUUUGUUUUCACAGUCGCCUGAUAUCAAAGAUCUGAAGUAAUUAAGAUCAAGUUCUCUAAAUGCUGAUGGAGGAAAAUCUCCGAUUUCUAACAAAAAGCAUAAUAAAAGCACUAUCUCUUCAUCUGAUGUGGACAAACUAAAAAGCUACAAAAUAAUUAUCAUGAAAUAGGCUCAGAAACUGUCUGAGAUUAAGAUUGAGGUGGAAAAAUCAACAGCCAAUAAAGAAAUGUGGAAGUAAGAAAAUAAGAAGAUGAGAGACGAGCUCUAAAUAGUUAAGGAUCUUAUGCUCAAAGAGCAGUUGAAAGCUCAGGAAUUGUAGAAAGCUCUGAAUGCAUAGAACUAGAUAAAAUAAGAGGACAUUGAGUCUGUUUUGGAUGAAAUAAUGUUUGCAUAAUAGUUGAUACGAGAGGGCAGGAAGAACGAUGAUGUGAUGUAAAGUCUAGAUUACAUGUCUAAGGUGCUUGGCAGGAAAUCUUCCAAGCAGUAAAAUAGGAUUACAAUAUAUGAUGAAAACAUAAGAAGCAAGAGAAUCAUCGAGGACAUGAGAAAUUAAUCAAAGUCACUAUAGCAGAAAGUGGAUAAGUUAAAUAUUGAACUUGAAAAAUAAAACAAAUAUAUUCCGCAAUACAAGAGGCAAGUUGCAUACAUGCGCUAAAAUAUUGAGUAAAUGAGAACUGCAGUGUCAGAGUUGAAUUAAGAUAAAUUAGAUAUGAUUGAAUAAAUCUAGAGGCUCUAAUCUAAGAAUGAUGAGUUAUAUCUCUAGAUAUAAAAUGAACGUCAAUAGUUUAAAUAGGAUAUUGAGGAUGUCCAAAAUACAAUAAUGAUGCUCAAUGAAAAGUUGCAAAGUUAGCAGCAGAAUAACUAAUAGAUUCCUGCUUAAGAAGAAUACUACUCAUUGUCUCAAGAUAAUAUACAGUAAUAAUAAGAUGCAUUUUCAUUCGCUUAGAGCAAUAGCAAGAAUAAAAUACAGAUGGUUUCUAGUUAAGCUGAUGAAACUGAUAGUAACAGAUUCCAAGUACGAAGCCAUAGAAAUAAGUCAUUUAACACUGGAGGAGGUAGUAACUUGAAAUCCUAAAGCUUAAAAAGAGAUAGAUUUAGUUAAAUGAAUAAAACUACUUCACUUUAUUAUGCAAAGGAUCAUAAUCCUAGCUUUUUAUAAACAGGGUCAGCAGUUAAAAGUAAUUAAAAGAGUUCAGUUAUUAUCGAAGAAAUUGAGACCCUGGAUCAUGAGAUAAACUAGCUCUAGGGAAAUCUUCUACGAGCUCUUAAAGAGCAAAAUUUGAAGAGCUAGACUCUAUAUUGA